AACUGCGGUAAUGCGAACAACGACAAGGCUAGGGCUACCUUCGACUCGAUUGACCCUACCCGGUUCCCUAUACUUGCAAUUCAGGAACCGAUGGUCGCCGAAACCAAACCAACAGUCACCUAUACACCAAAGAAUUUUCACCCAAGCCGACCUAUAUACUACGGUAUACGGGUCGUCUUCUUUAUCCACGAUAAGAUCCUUCUUACAGCUUGGGAAUCAAAGCGAGCCUCCGACCACAUCGAAUGGAUCCGCGUUAUAACGCGUGACGGACCCCUCAACCUCGUUAACGUAUAUAAUCCACCAGGGCACGUAGGCCAGCCACAGCUUGAGAAGUGGCCGGAGAUCGCAGAAAUUCUCUGCGAAAUUGGCCAAGAGAACGUUAUCCUCCUAGGGGACUUUAACUGCCAUUACCCAGCCUAGGGUGGAACCGGAACCCUAAAGGAGCUAAAGGCAGACCACCUACUCCUCCAAACCGAGCAAGCUAACCUCCAGCUCCUCAACGAGCAAGGGGUAAUAACAUGGAAGCGGAACCAAAGCC